GCUGUAGAAAAUAAUCUAGAUUUAGAAUCUAAAUAGAUCUAGAGUCUAGUCUUGAUCUAAUUCACGCAACCCCCCCCCCUCAAGAAUUCUUCAAUGGGAUGGCUUUAGAGGUCUUAUUUUAUAUCCCCAACGUAAUUGGAUAUGUACGGAUUCUGUUAGCUAUUGGGGCUUUCCUGUUUUAUCAUGAUCCAACUUGGUUCACCAUUCUUUAUACAGCAUCAAUAUCAUUAGAUGGCAUUGAUGGUUAUUUAGCUCGCAGACUUCAUCAAUGUUCAGCCUUUGGUGCAUGGUUUGAUGUUGUGAUUGAUCUCUUUACCAGAGGAUAUCUCUGGUGUGCCUUGUUCCAGGGAGGAUACUUGAUAGCUUGUCUGGAAUGGAUGACGUUCAUGUCCACUCAUUCUAGAGGGGAACACUGGAAGAUUCCUAGGGACAACUUUCCAUGGCUUGUAAAGAAUGUUAUGGCAGAUGAAUUCAAAACACAUUUAGGAUUCUUCACUGUUGGGAGUCUACACCUGUUGCCACUUUGGCUUUAUAUUUCCAAUUCCCAGUUGUUGAUGAAUGUUUUAAUCUUUCCUGAAUUCAUACAAACCUUGAUAUUGGUUGUCCUACUUACUGGCAGGCUGUUAUGUAGCAUGGUGGAGUUCUUUUACAUCAAAGCACAUAUAUUAUACCUCCUAAAUGUGAACGACCAGCAGCAAGGCUGAACAAAACAAAACAGCUGUUACUGAAUUGAGCAACAAGAGAACAGAUGUGCAGUCUAAACAAAAUGUAACUACAGGAAAUGUUUUCAAUAUGACAGAAUGAAUACUUAAAAGACACUAAUGUAUAUGUAUAUAGUCACUAUGUGCAAUAGUUGGCUUGAUGGGGAAUUCAUUCUAAUUGUAAACUGUGAGAAGUAGGUCAAAGAGUAGAUCCUGCUACAUUGUCUUUCAAUAUGUGGUUCAAGUCUAACUGAUCAUCCCCCCCCCCCAAACUUAAAUGUUUGUAAUUCAUUCAAAAUUGUAUUUUUUUAAAAUUCUAUCUCACCUUUAAAAUAGAAAGCAUGGGUAACAUUUGCAUUUAGUUCAGUCACAAUUUGAGUUAAGAGGGUGACAAAUUUGUCAGGAAAUUCAAAAAGUUACGCUGUGAACCUUUGAACAAUAAAUAAUAGUUGUCUCUCUCUACCAGUUAUGUGCUUUGUCAAAAAUAAAGGUUCACAGCAGUUAGAUUUCAUUGUCAAAGAAAGAGAAACAGGUGCUCCUAACUGAAACUGCCUUUAUUACAAUAUUACAUAAAUUUGUUUAUUCAACAGUUUUGGGGAUUUUUUUUACAAAUGGAGGCUAGAACUCUUCCAAAAUGGCUGAAGUUUUGUAUCAACAAUGAUGAUGACAUAACUUCUAAAUUGUUUUUUGUAUAAAGUGUUUAAAAAAAUUCAAGGUAAUAAAGCAGGGGUUCUCAACCUGUGGGUCGCUGCCCCCUAGGGGGUUGAAUGACAAAUUGCCAAGGGUCGCCUAAGACCCUCGGAAAUUUGGAAUUUUUGUCUAUUCAUCAUUGAAAGUUGUUUUUUUUUUGUCAAUUCUAAUGUGCUGUAACCAGCAGAUUUGAACGCUACUUGGUAUUAAAACUAUUUCAUAUCCCUUUCUGUUUAAUAUUGUGAUGCACCUUCUUCUUCCAGUUCCAAGAACAAAUCUAUGCGAACCAAGGUUUUCCAGCUUUUAGUUAUUAAGUCCAAAUUCAGAUGCAGAAUUUGAUUCGUUGUGCUACUAGAUUCUGUGGAACGGAAACAAGCUCAACCUUCGCACUAUCAUAGGUGUGUUUGUAAAUACUGUCACUAUUUCUGUAACAAUGUAGUUUACUGUAUCAAAGAUUGUUAACCACACUUCACCAUAUUUGUCAAAUUGUCACUUAAGUGUGUAUAUAGUGAAUAUGCAAUAGAAAAGUAAAUAAGUGUAAGUCGGAAUAAUAACCCUUUUUUUAAUUAAUUUAAUUAUAACCAAAAAAAUUUACUGUCGCCGCUUAGUUGGAAAUUAUAUUAGGGGGUCACGGAACAAAAAAAGGUUGAGAACCGCUGUAAUAAAGAAUCCAUUUGUAGAGAUAAUGAAGACUACACAUGUUAAUGUCAUGAGAAUCCACCUGUAAGGGAAAUGAGAAAUCUAGUAAGGUUAAUGAUGCCAUCCACUUUUUUUUCUGUGCACAAACUAAUGUAAUUAACUAAACCACUUUCUUUUUUCUUUCAAUAUUUUUUUUUAAAGUCUGUAUUAUAGUCUAAUCAUAAUAAAAUAAAUUCAUUAUAUUUUAUGUUAUCUGCAAUUAAUAAAUCAGAAUUUUUACUGAUUUAUUUUACACUGUGAAUGAAAUUGAGUGCUGAAUAUGUCUUGGUAUUUUUAGAAGUUCAAUCCAGGGACCUGAAUUCCUAAGUAAGCUCUUGUUUAGAAUUUCUCUUUUCAAAUGAAAAUACUUUUAAUCCUUAAAGUAGAAAUCUUGAAAAGAAAUGCUAUCAAGCAUUAAUUAAUUAAUAAGUCCUAAUGCAAUACUGUAUUCACCAGAGUGCACUUAACAUGAAGCUUGUAACUUAUAGACAGAACAGUCUUGACCCCCAAACAAACUAGUCACUUCUAUUUAUAGGUUUCAAACUGAAACUUCUCCCAGUGGAUAUAACAUAAAAACUUUGCAUUUACAAUAAUUUACUACCUUUACAUGUUUACCAUUCUUUGUAGAAAUUUGAAUCUUCAAGAAACUCAUGUGUAAGUAAACUUCCUUUUUACACUUCUCCCGAGACAUUGACAUGUACACAUGCUUUUUUAAAAAAUAUUUUAUAAAUUCACCUAAUUUAUUUGCAAUUUUCUAAUGGGAUCGUCUGACAUUUUACAGCCUUGAUAUUUUGUGGCUCCAUUAAUAUGACUAUAUAAUUUUCUGUAGCCUUAUUUACUGUUUGACUUUUUUUAAAAUCCUAGAACAAAUAAAUUUAUAUAUAUAUAUAUUUAUAAUUUAUAUUCCAAUGUUGUAUUGUUAUAAAUCUCUAGUAUAACAAAAUGUUGCAUUAAAGAUUAUCAAAAAUGUUGCUUUUGCUCAUCACAAAAGUUAUGUAGUUUAGUUUAGCUUGACAUAAUGCCUGCAUGACAGAAACAAAAUGCACUGUUCAUCAUAGCUACAUGUUGCUGUUUCAUUGCUUAUUUGCUGUUUUAUAUAAAUGCUGUAUAUCUCAUUGCAAUAGAGAUAUUUAUAAUUUCUGUGAUCCUAGUUACCUUACUUCAUGACAUACAAAUGUUGACACUUGUAUACCGGUACAUAAUUUAAAAUGCACUUGUCAACCUUCUUUUUUUUUUUUUUUUUAUUUGUAUUGUUUCUCCUUGAUGUUCAGGUUUUACAUUUUUGUACUCGUGAUAUUCAGGAAACUUUAUCUGCAUAAUCAAGAAGGUGUAAUAUGGACAAGAGAAAACUUUUUUUUAAACAUUUUAUUUAUACUAAUUUAGCAUCAUUUUUUUUUACUUUGUUAAUUAUUGCUACAUGACUAUUAAAUCUAUUAGCAAAAUAUGAAAUUUAAUGAUGUAUCGAUUCUAUCAACAUGCUUGAUUAUUAAUGUUUUGCAUCAAUGUUUUACAGUAUAUGUUUCAUGUAACUUCUGAAAUAUUCUUUUAUCAUAUUGUGAUACUCAUACCAAAUGAUAUUUUUUUAGUUCUGCUCAAUUUCCAUAAAUAAUCAGUAUUUCGUUAUUUAUAUUCCUGCACACUCUUAAAAAAAAAUUUACAUAUCACAUUGUUUAAUUAGCAAUUUUGUCCUUUUUAUAUUUCUUUAUCAUUUUCUCCCUCAAAAAUGGAUAGAUGUUUUCUCUAGUUCUAUAGUUUUAUUGGUUACUUGACAGGUUUUUUGUUCAUGUUGUUUAUCAACUAUCUCCUAAACGUCGUCUGCCCUUUAGGCAAUAAGGUCUCUUAGAGGAAAUUUAUUUUACUUACUUUUUGUAUAACAAGGCAGAUAGCAAAAAAAAAUAUUUUUUUUCAUAUUGCAUUUUUAGCUAAAGACUUUGCCCUUUGAUUUUCAAAGCAAAAGAGAACAAAAUUGAAUCCUGCUAUUGCAGUGGGAAGGCUUUAAAAAAAGGCUGAAGAUAAGAUUAGAUCUACCCCUUUCCUAGUCAAGAUGGACCCCCAUUUCCUGGCUAUUCAUUUUCUCUUUUCAACACUUGGAUUCAUUGUUGCUACAUUCCUUAAGAAGCUAAUUGUCAAAACAUCCACUCUAUGUCUAUCCAUAAUGUACAUUGAAUAGAACAUUGAAAUGUAAACAGUCUUAGUUAUAAAAGAAAAUAACGUUGCAAUUGAUUUUUCAUGCUUUAUAAAUACAUUUAAAAAGGGUU